CGAGCAUAGUGAAAACUUAUUGGCAAUCUAUUUUGGUAUACGGUCCAUUUUUAGCUCGGUGCCCAGAGCUAUGAGGGAUCAUGCGUGACGGUGCGAUCACUGACGAUCUCCUAAGCUGUGGAAUACAGUCAGCCGUAAACCGUCGGAUAGAUCAGUCUGUCUAGCUCGUCUGGUCGCGGUUUUUCCUUUUAGAAAUUAUUUCUUGAGUACUUCUUGCUUUUAAAUUCAUCACACCCCCCUUAAAUCAUGGCUGAUGAUGAGACUCAGAGCAUUGAGGAGGCAAAGAAGGCCAAACAGGCCGAAAUUGAGCGCAAGCGCGCGGAAGUGCGCAAGCGCAUGGAGGAAGCCUCCAAAGCCAAGAAGGCCAAGAAGGGUUUCAUGACUCCGGAGAGAAAGAAGAAGCUUCGUUUGCUGUUGCGCAAAAAAGCCGCUGAGGAGUUGAAGAAGGAACAGGAGCGUAAAGCCGCUGAACGCCGACGCAUCAUUGAAGAACGAUGUGGCCGACCAAAGGACUUGGACAAUGCCAGUGAAGAUAACCUUAGAUCGUUUUGCCAACAAUACCAUGAAAGAAUUAGUGGUUUGGAGGAUAAGAAAUACGACCUCGAAUUGAUCGUGAAGUAUAAGGACUUUGAGAUCUCUGAACUCAAUGCUCAAGUCAAUGACCUCCGUGGCAAAUUCGUGAAGCCAACACUGAAGAAGGUGUCCAAGUAUGAGAACAAGUUUGCCAAACUCCAGAAGAAGGCCGCUGAAUUCAACUUCCGCAACCAGCUCAAAGUUGUCAAAAAGAAGGAAUUCACCCUUGAGGAGGAAGAGAAGGAGAAAAAACCCGAUUGGUCAAAGGGCAAGCCAGGUGAUGCUAAGGUAAAGGAGGAAGCCGAAGGCGUUGAAGCAUGAAUGAAUAUCACAAUAAAAACCUAAUUUUCCACCCACACUAUGAGAGAUAACUAUCACGCAAACAAAUUUCUCUUUUUUUUCUCUUGUAACUAAAGUUAUUUAAGAAACAAGAUGAUAAGAUUAAAAAAGAAUUAUUUUAUUCAAACAAUCUUAAAAUGUCAAGAACUUUAAAUAAAUAACAGUAUAUGGUUGAAAAGAAAAGGAAAAAGAAGGAAUAAUUCGGCAUUGAAACAUCUGAAAUAUAAAAAAUAUAAAUCGGCGACUAAAAUUUUAUUUCUUUUUUUUUCAUUAAAAUUAAA